AUGCAUGUAAAAGUCCGCAGCGAGGAACAAUUUUCCUGCAACAAAUGUACACGAGUAUUUGACAGUUUGGAACGUCUACGAAGACAUGUUCGCGAACACCAUCAAUUUUCAUGUAUCUACUGUCCAAUUGACGCAGUCAAAAGUUUCGAAACCGAAAAAGGAUUGUCGUCACAUCAUGGUCGUUGUCAUCCAUCAUUAUUUCCAUACAAAUGCUCAAUCUGCCCACGCUCAUUCAAACGCAAGGACGAUUUGUGCCAACAUAAGCAAACCAAUCAUAUUCGUGGCAAUGAAGUGAAGUGUGAUUUUUGUCCGAAAAAAUUGAUGUCAGUUUACGAGAAAGACAAUCACAUCAAAAAACAUCACUCUGAUCGACGUUACCAUUGCUUUUUGUGCACCGAAUAUCGGACGACGAGCGCAACAAAUCUAAAACGUCACACCAAAGAAAAGCAUCCAGGUCAACAGCAACCAUAA